AUGGAUGAGGAACAUCUCCAGGAUGACCUGCAGGUGUUUGGAGCAAACCCCGGUGACACCAGGGCAGCAACUUCACAUCUCGUUUGUUGUUCUUCUAAAGACAGAAACUUCACCCAGAGGCUGAGAUCCUUCCUCACCAUCUACUUGCUCCUGGCGCUCUCCUUCCUGCUCAUCAUCGUCCUGUUUGCUGUGUCGCUCUCCAGAGUUUCAGCCAUUUCUUCUAAACUCAACGAAGUGAGCAAGGACCAGAAGCACAACUUUUCUGACAGGGACAUUCUCUUGUUUCCCUGCGGCCCCAGCUCCAGGGAGUGGGAAUACUUCGGUGGGAAAUGCUACUACUUCUCCCUGAGCAGAACGAGCUGGCACGAGGCGAAGGCUCGGUGCGAGGAGAUGCACUCACACCUGGCCGUCAUCGACAGCCACGCCAAGCAGAAUUUUGUCACGUUCAGGACAAGGAACGAGCGUUUCUGGAUCGGGCUCACGGAUGAGAACGCGGAGGGGGAAUGGGAAUGGGUGGACGGGACCGACUACAAAACCACCUUCACAUUUUGGAAGGAGGGAGAACCCAACAACAGCGGCAGCAACGAAGACUGUGCCCACGUGUGGGUGUCUGGGGAGUGGAACGACGUCCACUGCACCUUCAAGUGUUAUUACAUCUGCCAGAAGCCUCUGCCCCGCUGAGCCCCGCGGCCCAUGCUCUGGCACCCCAAAACCUCCCUUUUCCCUCCCUAAUUUAUACUUUCCCCCGUUUCCCCAUCCCCACCGGGCUGUCCCGAGGAAGAGCAGCGCUGGAUCUGGACGGUUCUAAGCAAUCCAGGCAGGAAUCUGGGCUCUCCGUGGGGAGCUCAGCUCAAUA